AUGGAUCCUGCUUCUUCACUCACUCCUUCCCUCCUUCGGAGACGUAUCCAGGAGGACGUGGCAGAUUCUGAAACUAGUCUAGGUGAAAGCCAGAGUAAAUGGUUAACAUUUCAGAAUGUUUGCUUUGCCAGUAUUAGUAUUGAAUAUGCUCGUGCUCGCACUCGCCCUUGUGAAUUAUGCUUACAAGUUUUUGGAUUGAAUCUGCUCGUAUUUGUACUCGCACUCGUCCCUUGCGAAGUGUACUAUUUGAUCGUGCAGGAAUUACUCGACAUAAUUCAAUGCCGAGGACCCACUACAGGACACUCACUGGAAACCCUUCAUCGUGCUGUCGUCGCCGAGUCUUGGAGUCCAGAGGUCGUGGAAACGCGACUGGACAGCGGAAGCAUUGAGACGCCAGCCUCUGCCGGUGCCGUCCCCUGGAUGGCUUUGAUGGCAGGGGCUCUGGUGCUGCUCUUGGCUGUUUACUGGAAGCCUAAACUCAUUGAAUGCGAUGACCUUGAUCACGACGAAGACGACCAGGAUGGGCCCACAUUGGAUUCAAUUCUGGACACCGAGGAUCUGGAAUGUUCUGAGGAGGAGGAGGAGGAGGAGGAGGUAGAAGAACCUGACAGCGAUAAUGAUGAUGAUGAUAUGGAAGAACUUGACAGAUCUGAUGCUGAUUCUGAUGAUGACGUAGAGGAAGAGGAGGAGGAGGAGGAGGAAGAAUUGGACAGUUCUGAUGCUGAUUCUGAUGAGGACGCAGAGGAGGAGGUGGAGGAAGAAUUCGACAGCUCUGACUUUGAUGAGGACGUAGAGGAGGAGGAGGAGGAGGAGAUGGAGGAAAAACUCGAUAGCUAUGACGACGAUGAAAAGGAAAAGAAAGAGGAGGAGAAGGAGGAGGAAGAAGAAGAAAUUUCGGAAACAGAGGAGUUCGAAACCACCGAGGUAAAGGAAGAGGAGGAGGAGGAUGAACUGGAACGCCUGUUGCACGAGGCAAAGAAAGAUAUCGUGAGGCUUCAGAAAGAAAUUUUGGACAAGGAUCUUCUGAUACAAAAGAAAGCAGCUGAGGAAACCGAAAUAAAAAAAGAAAACGAGGUUCUGAAAAUGGAAAAGGAAAGACUGCAGUAUCAAAAUCGAAAGCUGGAGGAAGAAUGCAAACUGGCUUUAGGCUGCGCGGACGUCAUAGGAAACUUACACAAAGAACUGAUGGAUGAAACAACGUUUCUGGAGAAUCGAUUGGAGGAGAAAGAUCACAUGUUGAGGAAGAGAGACGUUGAAAACAGAGAACUACGAAGUUAUUUCCAGCAAACGAUGGUUCAGAAAGACAAGGAACUGGAGAGCGCUUUGGAGAGGGUAAUUGAAAUAAGCCUUGAACUGAAGGAAAUGGAAACAAUCAAUGAAGCACUUGCUUCAGAGAAGGAACGUCUAAAGAGGGCAAAUGAAGACUAUAGUAAAGCCUUGGUCGAGAAGGAGAGAGAAGUAAACCACCUGCAGGACUUACUGGUACACAAAGCUGCAGAAGCUGAGAAGGACCAAAGGCAAAUCGGAAUACUAGAAAGUCAGAUUUUGGACAUGAAAGACGACCACAUCGCUCUCCAAAGACAACUAGAGCUCACAAAAUCAGAAAAUUGCAGACUUGAGGAGCUGACUACUUGCUACAAAGGUCAACUUGCAGCUUGCCACGGAAAUGUAGCCAAGCUUGAAGAUAAAAAUUGUGAGCUCGAGAAGAACCUCGUAAAUGAGACCCAGACAAAUAUCAGCCUUCAGAAUGAGGUCCUGAUACUAAAUGACCAAGUUCAGUCGCUGCAAUCAGCGUUGCGUCAUAAAGAAUCUCGACUGGUCUCGGCAGCAGAAGCUCUAAACAAUGAAAUGGCCAAAAAUGAGAUCACUGGCGCAGAACUUGAAGUCAUGAAAAACUGGGUAUCAGAAUUAGGAGGUGAGAAUGCCAAGAUUAAGGAAGACUUAGGAGAUGCAAUCUUGGUAAUUACUUCACUGAAGAAAGAGUUGGGAGAAGAACUGAAGAGGAGCCAAAUUUUGAUGCAAGAAGUCCAGGCAAUGAAGAACUGGGUAUCGGAACUGGGAGGACAAAAUGCCCAGAUUAAGGAAGAUUUAGAAGAUAAGUGCCUGGAGAUUACUUUCCUCAUGGAAGAGUUAAGAGACGAACAUAAUCAGACCCAAAUUCUGAGGGAUGAAGUCCAGGUAAUGAGGAACUGGGUCUCUGAAUUAGGAGGAGAAAACGCCACCAUUAAAGAAACCUUAGAAGAAGCGCUCCUGGAAGUGGCCACACUCAAGAAGUCUUUGGUAAAAGAGAAAAGGAAUGCUCUCCAUCAAAGGAACGAAAUGGAGACCCUAUUGAUAGAAGAAAGGAAAAGAGGAAAGGAGCUUGAGAGGGAAAGCAGUGAAAUGAUACUGCAUUACCAGGAGAAGCUCAGGGAUAAGGACAAUGAAAAGGACAAGCUAAAGGAACGGAAGGAACAGCUGCAGAAGAACUUGGAAAGCGCUAUGUGCCAACUACAGAACUUGGAGUCUUCUUUACAGCUUGCAGAAAGAGAGAUCUGCUCUUUGAAGAAGGCAGAAAACACAAACCUCCAAGAACUGGAACACCUUAGGGAAGAAUGUGAAAGAUUGAGAGAAAAGUGCAGGAUUCAAGAAGAAAAUAUAAUUAAAGAACGAAAACGUGUCAAGGAAUACCUAAGGAUGCAGGAGGAAGAAUUGAAAAAUCAGGAUAAGUACAUGUUAAUGGCACUCCUCCAUGGGACUGCCCAGAGAAACUUCUAUUUGGAACACAUACCACUGGCCCAUAGAAACAAAGACCUAGACGAUGAAACCUUGAAAAACAGUGAAGAAGAAAACAAGCGCCUGGACCAAGAAGAGUACCUACAGCAACAACUGCAGAAAGUAGAAGAGGAUCAGUACAGAGAGUACUGCAACGCCCAAAGAGAGAAGAAAGACUAUGGAAAGCAGUGGGAGGUCCUUACACAAAUGGUGGAGGAUUUAAUCGAGGGAGAUGACCGAAAGAAUUGCUAA